UGAAGGCAGGUGAGGAAAGAGAAAGAGACGCGAAAGCCUGCUCUCCUUCCCCUCCACAAGCGCAGCAGUCUGCCAGGGGUCGAGCUGAGGUGAGGCCCAGCGGGGGCGGAGCGCUUCAAAAAGGGGCUGCGGGCGAGGAGAGCAAAGAAGGGGAGCGCCAGGAGCACCGGGGACCGGGAAGGAAGCGGAGGCGGCGGGAAAGCGGCGGAGACAGAAGCGCGUCGGGGAAAGGGCGAGAGAGCGUCUGCCUCCGUUCGCUCCUCCGGACCAUGGGUGCCUUCGUCCUCAGCGCAAGCUGGCUGGGCUUUCUGUUGCUGCUGGUCCUGCUGUUUCUGCUGCUGGUGGCCUGGCUCAGCGGGAGGACUAGGCGGCCUGAUGAACCUCCACUUGAUAGAGGUCACAUUCCUUGGCUUGGGCAUGCAUUGGCAUUUGGUAAAGAUGCUGCCAAGUUCCUAUCUGAGAUGAAAGAGAAGCAUGGUGAUAUUUUCACAGUUCAAGUUGCAGGAAAAUUCGUAACCGUCUUAUUGGAUCCGCUUUCCUAUGAAGUGGUGCUUUGGGAAUCAUGUGCCAAGCUGGACUUUGGCCAAUAUGCACGUAUUUUAAUGAAACGGAUGUUUGAUGUGACGCUCCCGAAUUAUGAUUCUAAUGAGGAAAAGGCCAUGCUAAGACCCACUCUGAAGGACAAGAAUCUUCAGAGCCUGACUAAGGCCAUGUGCCUUAACUUACAAACCAUUCUGCUUCCUGGACCUGAUGGAGCCAGUGGGCAGUGGAAAGAGGAAGGCCUGUUUCACCUCUCCUAUAGCACCAUGUUCAGAGCUGGAUUCUUGACAUUGUAUGGAAAUGAAAGCAAGGAUUAUGAAGAUGUUAACUGUCAAGCUAAAGAUCGAGCUUAUUCGAUGGAAGUUUAUAAUGCAUAUUAUAAAUUAGACCGGUUUUUGAUGAAAGCUGCCCGGUCAACUUUAAGUGGAGUGGAAAAACAGAAAUUUUACAACACCAGAAAGGAUCUCUGGAGCUUUUUUUCUAUGGAAAGACUGGACAGCAGAGCAAACCGAAGUGUUUGGUUGAACAUCUAUAAGGAACACUUGGUAGACCUUGGUGUGAAUGAAGAUAUGCAAACUAGAGCCAUGGUGCUGCAACUCUGGAGUACUCAGAGUAAUGCUGGCCCAGCAGUUUUUUGGCUUCUCCUGUUUCUUUUAAAACAUCCUCCAGUCAUGGCAGCAGUUCAAGCUGAAAUGGAAAAACUAUUUAGAAACAGACGAUUAGCAACCAGGCCAAUUUGUGAGAUAAUCAACCAAGACGUUUUGGAUAGCACACCCAUUUUCGACAGUGCUUUAAACGAAAGCCUGCGUUUGUCAGCCGCUCCUUUUAUCAGCCGAGAGGUCCUUCAGGACAUGGCCCUGAAACUGGCAGCUGGCAGAGAGUACCACCUGAGGAAAGGAGAUAGGCUUUGCCUCUUCCCAUUCAUAAGCCCUCAGAGGGACCCUGAAAUCUAUGAGGAGCCAGAGAAGUUCAUAUAUGACCGGUUUCUCAAUUCAGAUGGCACAGAAAAAAAAUACUUCUAUAAAGGAGGACAAAGGCUCAAAUAUUACAAUAUGCCAUGGGGAGCAGGAAUAAAUGUCUGCAUUGGAAAGUUCUUUGCAGUUAAUAGCAUCAAACUAUGUGUUUUCCACCUCUUAAACUGUUUUGAUUUGGAACUGAUAGAUCCUGCUAAGGAGAUACCAGGCUUUGACACAGAGAGAUAUGGUUUUGGAAUGCUGCAGCCAGAAACGGAUGUCAGAAUACGAUAUAAAUUGAAAGACCAGUAAAGUGAUGGUCCAUUUCUCCAGUUAUGCACUUCUGUCUAGUGCAUAAUCUGCAAACAAACAAUGCUUGUUAGUUACCAUUGGAAUUAAUUUUGGGGCCCCAUUACUAAAAGGAUGGCAAAUGAGCUGUGGUGAUGCAGUGGUUAGAGUGCAGUACUGCAGGCUACUUCUGCUGAUCACCGGCUGUCAGCAGUUUGGCAGAUCGAAUCUCACUAGGCUCAAGGUUGACUCAACCUUCCAUCCUUCCAUGGUCGGUAAAAUGAGGACCCAGAUUGUUGGGGGCAAUAGGCUACUCUGUAAAUCGCUUAGAGAGGGCUGUAAAGCACUAUGAAGCGGUAUAUAAGUCUAAGUGCUAUUGCUAAAUGUCUAAUAUUAGACCACAUUCUGCCUUUCAAUUUCCUGAAACUGUUUUCCCCUUAUGAAAGUGGCUUCAGUUUUUCUACCUCAUUUUCAAGGUGUUUCAGAAGUCAUGAAGAAAUUUGUUGUAAUAUAAGCUAUUGAGGGUGAGGCUGUUACUUUUUCAGUUUGACCUCUCUCCCUCACUCUGUAGCCUGUCAGGCUUACAAUGACUUCUCAUCUGAAAAAAGCCCUCUUGUGAAAAACGAGGGGUGUGUGUGUGUGUGUGUGUGUGUGUGUGUGUGUGUGUGGGUGGGUGGGUGUGUAGAUCGUAGGAUGGAUACUUUGGGUACAUCAUAAUGGAAUUAAUGCAAAACACCACACUCCUUUUAUAUGGAUUUAACUGAAAUUCCUUUCUGUGUUUAAAAAAAAAGAAAAGAAAAGGCAAAAGCACUUUUUAUAAUCAGUUUGAACUCAGAAAAAUAUUCUGGUCCAGCGCUCCAUCGGUCUUUUUCAACUAUGGUCGUCCAGAUGUGGUGGCUGGGAAUUCUGAGAAUUGUAGUUUUAUGUGGCCGGACAACAUCAAAUUAGAGAAGCUGAUUUAUGUUUAUCUAUGAAAGUGCAUUUUAUGCUAUUCUGCAAGUUGCUGAUAUUUUUGAUCAUAUCUUUGCAAAACAGUAUUUCUGAGAGAGGGGGAGAAGAUGUUGAUGCAAAUAGGCCAUUUCAAAUAAUACACGUGUGCAUAAUCCGUUUAGAUUGGCCUUUUUGUGAUUAGGAAGCCAACUAAGUUCUGAAUGAAUAAUAAACAUGAAUAAAAAUAGUCUGUUGGAUUGAAAAAUAAUUAAACUAUUAACUUACCCUUCUAUUCUUAGAUUCUUCAAUGAAGAUUUUGAAAAACCAUCCAAAAAACCCCGUUAUAAUAUAGAAAGAAGCAGAUAGUAACUAGUAACUACAUCAAGAACAGUGUAUGCGUGUGUUUACAUUCAUGUAUGUGUAUGUAUGAGAAACACACAUACAUUUUCCUGGCUGCAGGGGAAUCAGUGAUGUCAAAAUGGCAGACAUAAUGGCCAUAUGCACUCCAGACAGAUAAAGGGGGCAGUGGUUCUACCACUUGGUUGCACCUCCCAUUUUGAUCAUGUUUAUCUCCGCAGCAAACAUAGCCAUAUAGCCAGUGGUGGGAUUCAAGUAAUUUAACAACCGGUUCUCUGCCCUAGUAAUUUCUUCCAACAACCAGUUUGCCAAACUGCUCAGAAAGUUAACAACCAGUUCUCCCGAAGUGGUGCGAACUGGCUGAAUCCCACCACUGCAUAUAGCCCUGGUGUUGUUAAUUUGUGGCUAUCCAGGAUUUCCUACUGUUUGCCAUGCUAGCUUGCUACUGUUAAGAACAGUAUUCCAAAAACAUCUAGAGCGCUACAGCUUCCCUGCCCCAAAACAAUAUUGAACACCCAACGACAUCAUCACAAAGCCACCUACUAAAAACAGUGUGUUUUUGAGCCAAUAUAAAUAGUAAAUAAAAAGCUCCUUUCAAGAGCAAGACCACAGACAGCUGUUCUGUACCGCAGUAUUAAAAUGCAGUUAUUCAGCACAGGAACUAGCUUAAGGUAUGUCAGCUUAAAAGAAAUGUUGACCACACUUUACCAACAUCUAUUCUGCCCUGGAAGGGAUGCAGCGACUUAGUGGGUAAGAGACGCUGAGCUUGUCAAUCGAACGGUCGGCAGUUCGGCGGUUCGAAUCCCUAGCGCCGUGUAACGGGGUGAGCUCCCGUUCCUUGUCCCAGCUUCUGCCAACCUAGCAGUUCAAAAGCACGUAAAAAAUGCAAGUAGAAAAAUAGGGACCACCUUUUGUAGGAAGGUAACAGUGUUCCGUGCGCCUUCGGCAUUGAGUCAUGCCGGCCACAUGACCAUGGCGACGUCUUUGGACAGUGCUGGCUCUUCGGCUUUGCAACGGAGAUGAGCACUGCCCCCUAGAGUAGGGAACAGCUGGCACAUAUGUGCGAGAGGAAUCUUUACCUUUACCUUUAUUCUGCCCUGACAACAAAGCAGAAUUGGGGUGCCUUUCCACACAAGAAGCUAUGGGGAGAAGUGGCAUAGAGAAUGCCUCCUUUGAUGCCCAUUACUGACAGCAGAAGACCUUUAAGACUUCUACUAUUGGUUGUCUAGCCCAGGGUAUGAUUUCUCUGUGGGACUAGAGACUUUUUUCCAUCUUCUUUUCUUCACCUCCUUACUUCUGCCACCUCAGAAGCUUUGUUUCCUUCUCAUCCAGUGUCAACUGUUAUCAGGAUAUACCACCAACAACCACUUUCCUUAAAUUGUGGCAGGGCAGGCUGGGAGAAUAUGUGUCUGUGCCUCGGGGGUGGCUUUUAUGUGGGCUAUUUCAGAAUACAAAUCUACUGGACCAACAAUGGUCCAGCUAAAUGAUAGUGGGAUUAAAGUAGGGAUUUGGACUGUGGAGUAAGCUACCAUAUUGUCAAUUUCAUCCUGGCUCCUAACUAUUCUAGACAAAUAAAUGUAGAAAAGAAAUGCUGGAAGCAAGUAACCACAGCACCCUGAAAUAUCUCAUGAAGACUGAAAAAUGGUAUUAGAGUAAGCCAACUGGCACUGUUUCACUGCAACAACAUAUGUUGACUAUGAUUGAUUUACAUAGCUGCCAGCCUUCAAAGUAGACCAGAUCAGGAAAUCCAAGUCAUGUAGACCCAUAGUAUUUUUAUUGUAAAAAUACUGUAUAGUAACAUAACAUUCCUUCAGUCCCUCAAGGCCAUUCUUCAUUCCCUCCAUAAUAGCAGAAAAAUUAACAAAGCCUAGCCUUGGUGAGGUCCACAGCCAGGGGCAGCACUCAGUAAUCUUUACUGAUUUUGAAAAGAUAAGCAGUAUAGCUAAUAGUAGAGGUAAGAUUACCAGAAAAUCACAGAAAAUGAAAGGAAGGGGGGGAAAUAUCCUGGAAAAAAUACAAAAGGAAACUACUCUCAUUUUGUUGCCAAGAAAACUACAUGUAAACAGCAGAGUCUUUCCAUUUCCAGCCUUAAUGAGACAACCCAGUACUGGGUUCCUCAACAAUAGCUUUGUAAAUAUCUAUCCAAGUUGUAUGUCUAUAUGCAUAUGUGUGUGUUUGUGCUUCAAUCUUCAGCUUUAAUCUUAAGGAUUACAAUUGAUCCCUACUUAUUUGCAAACACACUUUACUGAGCAUCAGUAGAAUUAUGCAGUACUUUAUAUGUUUAAAUAAGACUGUUUUAACUGUAAGAGUAAUUGGACUACAUUUCAUGCUAUAAUAGAGUUAGUUUAUGGCUUAUUGAACAACAAAGUGACCUAGUUGACACAUGACAGCCAUUUUGGUGUCUGUUUGGUUAAAGAUCCUGGGCUAGAAAUCCAGUUCUAGACCUGUCUUAAGGUGACCCUGGGCCAAUCUAUUUCCUUCAGGAGGAAGGCAAUGGCAUUUGCCAAAAAUGUUGCCAACAAAACAGCAUGGAUUUGUCCAAUGGAGUUGCUAGGUACACACAGACUUCAUACAUCCAAAUCCCAGACCAUGGUUUACAAACCAUGAGAGCUAAGUUCAUCUACUUUGAAACCGGUGUGACUUCAUGAAAAGUAAGACUCUAGCCCUUGUGUCUAAUUAGACUUAUUUCCCAGUUAGUAUAUACAACAGUGUAGCCCACAUAACCAGCAACACAAAUCCUUCCAUUCCAAAUGUGCCUUUAGUUACAACCAUGUUUUUCAAACUCGACAAUUUUAUGAUGUGUGGGCUUAGCUAUAGAGAUUCUUAGUUAUCCAGGUCAUGGUUGUCCCAAAGGUACUUUUUCAAGAGGCAACUGGACUUUCUGGUUUUUCUUAGAAGAUGUUUCAUUUCUCAUGCAAGAAGCUUCUUCAGCUUCUUGAAUGAGAAGCAAAACAUCUUCUAAGAAAAACCAGAAAGUCCAGUUGCCUCUUGAAAAAGUACUUAGGACGAUGUGUGGGCUUCAAUUCUAAUGCUGCCUUGGGAAUUCUGGGAGCUUAUUUCCACAUAUCUUAAAACUGUCAAGUUUGAAAAACACUGGUUCAUAGGAUCUUUGACAGAUUAUAUAGAGCAGUGGUCCCCAAACUUUCUGGCACCAGGGAUUGGUUUCAUGGAAGAACACUCUUCCACAAACUGCGGACGGGUGGGGGGGGAAUAGUUUUGCACGCAACCUGUGCACCUAGACCUGUGCAAGUACAGAUGAAGCUUCACUUGCUCACCUGCUGCUUGUGCAGCCCAUUUCCUAACAGGCUAAAGAUCAGUACUGUUGGGGACCCAAAUAUAGAGUACAGCAGGCACAGUGCUACAUUUUUAAUGACACCUAAUAACUACCAAGUAUGUUUAUACCUGAGUUCAGGCAAAAGCUAUAGAAAUCACUUCUAUGGGAAAACAAAACCAAACUGCAACAAAAACACUUUCCCGGUGUUGUUAUUAUUACAUUUUCCCUUAAAGCUAGACUGUCAUUUUCCAGCAUCAAACAGAAACAAGCAGUCUUUGGAGACUGCCGUUCACAAAAAAAGUAUGCUUUAAUAAAUGUAUUAGUUUUUAAAAAUCGUAAGAGUCUGUGUAGUUUUUGCUGUUUAAUUUCCCUCUGGAAAUAUUUGUAGGUGCUGUUAUAAAACAAAAAUAAGCAAAUACUAUUAUAAAACAUUUCUUUUAAAUGAGAAUUGACCUACUGUAUAUCUUUAACAGAGCAAAGAAAUAAUCUCAGUAUUAGAAUUAAAUAAAAGCUUUAGGGGUAGAACAACAGUGAAAAAUCAAUGAGGUAUUCUGUUCAAGUUGAUUUAGAUCAGUGUUUUUCAAACUUGCCAACUUUUAAGAAUGUGUGGACUCUAAGAUACUAUUCAAAGUUAAAUCCUGAAGUUACCAAGUUUGAAAAAUGCUGAUCUAAAAUUGUUCCCAUGAAAUCUCAUAGGAUACUCUUAUAAAAUUGUUUAUUAUGCUGCUAUUGCUCUUUAGUUGUUUGUUUCUUCAGCUGAAUUAACUGGCUUUAUUUUCUUAUGACCAUGUAUUGUUGGAUGUUUUGUAGAAAGGACUGAUAUACAUUUCCCAAAAUAAACAUAAUUGUAUUGGA